ACCAAGAAUCUCCCCCGGAGGGACAAUGAAAAAAGGCGAAAGAAAAAAGAAAUGGCUACUGUGGAAAAAGUGGACAAACACCCCCUGCAAAACAGGUGGGCCCUGUGGUUCUUUAAAAAUGUUAAAAGCCAGCCAUGGCAGUGUAACCUACGUCUUGUCACUACAUUUAGCACCGUGGAAGACUUCUGGUCACUAUAUACACACAUCCAGCUUGCAAGCAAACUGUCCUCUGGCUGUGACUACUCCAUUUUCAAGGAUGGCAUCGAACCCAUGUGGGAAGACAGCAGAAACAAGCGAGGAGGCAGGUGGCUGAUAACUCUUUCUAAGCAGCAAAGACACAGUGACUUGGAUGCGCUCUGGCUGGAGACUUUACUGUGUCUAAUUGGGGAAGCUUUUGAUGAACACAGUGAAGAGGUCUGUGGAGCGGUGAUCAACAUUAGAGCAAAGGGAGAUAAAAUUGCAAUCUGGACCAGAGAAACUGAGAACAGAGAAGCGGUCACACACAUUGGAAGAGUAUACAAAGAGAGAUUGGGUUUAUCUUCGAAGGUGGUCAUUGGCUAUCAGGCUCAUGCAGACACUGCUACCAAGAGUAGUUCCCUCAGCAAGAACAAGUUUGUGGUUUGAAAAUAGCUGGAUAUCCCUAAUCAGAUGU